AAAAUGACAACCAAAGUGUUCUGGCUCCUCUGCUUUGUCAUUAGCUCAACUUCCAGCUCAGUGGCCGGAUCCCUGCCCUAUGCCGAGAAACCCAGUCAGACUCUCAGCAAAGAGGCCUAUAGCUCAGCAGACGCUGCGCCUGGCCAAGUCAAACUGCCAGCCCGGGGCACCAGCAGCGCCAGAGAGAAUCACACGGAACACUGGCUUCUGUCUCCCGCCGACCCGCAGCGGCCAGGACCUCCUGAAAUCAUCUCCCUCUCAUCAGACAAAAAGAAACGCACCAAGCCUUCUCUAGAAAACAGCACAGGGCUGAGGAAACACCUCUUGCGGUACGGAGGGGCCCUGCCUCUGGAGAGCCCGGCCGAGGGGCCUUCUCCUGCCUCCUUUGACUUCAAUCACGCGAACAGAAAGCAUGCGGACAGACGGCUGGCUGAGGCUGCCAACAGCAUGUCAGCUCUCUUCCAUCACGCAGCAUCUUCCUAUCAAAAGAUGACAUCCUUAGCGGAGGCUCAUCCUUUUCCAGACCCUGGAGCAGUGGAGUCAGGUGAUCCUAACACGCUGGAUCACUUCAACCGACCAGGCAAGAUAAUCCCCUAUAAACGUACUGAUCCCUUGAAAAAGGUCACCAAACCCUCCUGGGUCACCAACCGCCAGACAUCCAGCUUGCCAUACGACUUCAGUGCGCCGAAGAAAGAUGGUGCAUGUCUGACCGAGUGCAGGAAAGAGAGAGACGAAGUGGAGGCCUACUGCGCGAGUGAGUUCGACAAUGUUCUUACUGCUGGUCAAUGGAACUGACAAGACCAAUUGUUUUAGAUACUCCAAGAUUAAACAU